AUGGAAUCAACACUCGCCGAAUGUGGCUUCGCCGGUGUCUUAAACACUGGCAAGGAUCAUAGUGACGGAUGGCUGAGAUUCUAUAAGAGCAUUGACACGAUCCUCGGCGUCCUGUUCGAGGACCUCGAAUACCUGACCCAGCAGAAUGCCAUCCGGACAAAUAGCAGCGGCCCUGCCUUGCAAGCGCAGUCUGCGAACCAAGAACUGCUCAGUUUCCUCGCGAACUUGGUGAACCAGCGCAGCAUCGAGCCGAAAUACGACCUUGUUCGCAAGCUGAUCGAGCUCUGCAGGUAUCCCGCCGCGUCGAAAAUGGCGAUGAAGCACGUGGCGAAGGAAGACAUUGUCCUCGCCGGCAAAAGUUCGGAAUUCGGAACGAAGACGUCUUCGACACGCACCGUGCCACGGAUCCGAGCCACGGCUCUAAGCUUCGGCUUCGGACCGCUCAGGUGUAAUUCUGAGUCACAUGCGCAGGUUGAGCUGGAAGCUGUCUUUUCUAAGUUAUUUUCUCACUCCGUCUUUCCCGGAAAAGGGACGGAUCACGCAUGA